CAGGAAGAAGAACAGGAAGAAGAACAGGAAGUCCAAAAUGGCGAUGGACGGAAUGAUGUCCACGUCCUCGGGUCUUUCCUACCACAACACCGGGGACUUUUACCCCCGAAAGUUGGGGCCGAAGCCGGACGUGGUGCCGUCCGGGGUCACCGAGAGGAAAGUGGGGCCGCUGGACAAACCUGACAUGGUGUCGGUGGAUGUCAUUAACGUCAACGAUUCAGAUGUCCACAUGCACAGGAAGAAGCAUGAGCAGGACACGUACGUCUUGGGCACCAUUCAUCCAUUCAGGAAGACGCACAAAUCCUUCUUUGGAAAACUCAAGCAAGAAUUCAGACUGGUCACUUCAGAUAGACGGUCGUGGAGGAUCCUGCUGUUCGGGGCUCUCAACCUGCUGUGUACCGGCUGUCUGCUGAUGUGGUGCAGCUCCACCAACAGCAUGGCCUUAACCGCCUACACGUACCUCACCAUCUUCGACCUGUUCAGUUUGAUCACCUGUCUCAUCAGUUCCUGGGUGACCAUGAAGAAGCCGAGUCAGCUCUACUCGUUUGGGUUUGACAGACUGGAGGUUUUGGCGGUUUUUGCGUCCACUGUUCUCGUCCAGCUCGGAGCCUUGUUCAUCCUGAAGGAGAGUGUGGAGCGCUUCAUGGAGCAGCCUGAGGUCCAUACUGGUCGUCUGUUGGUCGGGACCUUCGUGGCUCUGUUCUUCAACCUGUUGACGCUGCUGUCCGUCAGGAACAAGCCCUUCACCUACGUCUCAGAAGCGGCCAGCAGCAGUUGGCUUCAGGAACAUGUGGCAGAUCUGAGUCGAAGUUUGUGUGGCAUCAUUCCCGGUCUGAGCAGUGUGCUGCUGCCUCGUAUGAACCCCUUUGUCCUGAUCAACAUGGCCGGCGCUCUCUCCCUCUGCAUCACCUACAUGCUCAUAGAAAUCAAUAACUAUAACGCGGUGGACACAGCGUCAGCGGUGGCCAUCGCCCUCAUGACCUUCGGCACCAUGUAUCCGAUGAGCGUCUACAGCGGCAAAGUUCUGCUGCAGACAACGCCGUCGCACGUCAUCGGCCAGCUGGACAAACUGCUGCGAGAGGUGUCAACUCUGGAAGGAGUUUUGGAGGUUCGAAACGAGCACUUCUGGACCGUGGGCUUCGGGUCUCUGGUACGUUUCUACAUCUCAACAUUUUACACAUCUGGAGCACAUCUGUGUAUUAUUCGCUCAUUGGUUUGUGUGUGUGUGUCUGCGUGUGUGCGUGUGUCUGUCUGUGUGUGUAUGUGUCUGCGUGUGUGUGUGUGCUCAGAGUCCCAGUCAAUGCGUCUGGAGCUCAGCUCCGCCCAGGACGUUUUGUGA